AUCAUCCCCAUUCCUCCCUAUCCGAUAUAUAAUAAUAAGCAGCUUCACACCACGUAUCCAUCGACAAAAGCGCAAAAUCUUCGGACCCAUUUCUCUCUUAUAUAUUUGAAGACUCAGAGAGUGUGCAAUAGGUUAUUAAAUUGAGUAUUUCCAAGAUGAGUUCAACUAGCAGAGCGUGGAUUGUGGCAGCUAGUAUUGGAGCUGUGGAGGCACUGAAAGAUCAAGGUAUUUGCAGAUGGAACUAUGUUGUUAGGUCAGCUCUCCAGCAUGCCAAGAACCAUGUCAGAUCAGCUUCACAGGCCAGGAAGCUCUCUUCUCAAUCCUCAGCUGCAAUUUCAAAUGGAGUGAGCCGGGAAGAAAAGUCUAAACAAUCAGAAGAGUCUCUAAGGAAAGUCAUGUACUUGAGUUGUUGGAAUCCCAACUGAGCCAUAACUGAUCGAUUGAUUACAAGAAAUAUCCUUCGAGUAAACCAUUGACACAUUGAGUACCAACCUUUGGUCAGUCAAAAGAAGAUUUGAGCUCUGAGAGAACUAGCACAGAGGCAUAGUGCUGGACUUUCCAUAUAUGGGUUCUUGUCCUGUAUAUAAGCUUACAAACAUGUAUGAGAGGAAUUACUUUAUCAUUAUUUAAGUAAUGAAAAGAAUUUUGAGAAUUGCUUGCUUUUAUGUAUGUAUAUUUUUGCUGCUUUCUCCUGAAUCAAUGACUUUUUCGUGUAAUAACCCAUAUAUGUCUUUUCUUUUUGUUUCUUGCAUUUGGCAACCAUUGUCUAUGUUUUAAGUACAGGGACAUAUCAGGGUUGAACUAACUUUACAAAUCACAACGGAACCUAGCUAAUAUUAGAAAUCACGGAAUUCCCCGAAUUAUAUUUGAGAAGCGAUAGAUGAUGAUCAGUUAUUUUUAAGAGAAGUCCUACAGACUGCACAAUCAAUACACUACAAAGCAAAGGAAAAACAAAGUUUCUAUGUGCUUUUAUGUCAAAAUGUUGAUCCUUGAAUCUCGCAGUUAAAACACCAAAACUUGUGGCUAUAUAACAACGAUUUGGCAUCUUUGGCAUUAUGUUUUUGAAAAAGUGGUUUUAGACCGCAAACGCCGUUCUAAAAGUUCAAUAAGCUGUGGUUGAAAAGCCCUUUGAUUCAAACAGGACACAGAUGUUGCUUAUGCGAUCUAAUUGUGUUUAAGUUGGAUUUGCAUUUGCAUUUCAUUUGUAUAUAAUUGAAUAGAUAGUUAAUUAAUACAGUUAAUGUUAGGACUUAGGCCAAGCCAUCCAAGUAAAUAGAGGUAUAAUUGAAUAAAAAAUCAUCCACGUUUUAUUGGUUCAAGAGAAAGAAAUUCAUGAUCAUAUCAACAAAUCAUUAGCGUUCAAUCAAAC